UAUUGACUAUAACGAAGACAUAGAGUGCUCUGUUAUCAAUGGUGGAAAACAAGAUAUAACUGUGCAAUAUGUCACCUAGAAGAGGAUACUGUGCAUACCAUCAUGGAUGCUCCAUCUUUUCCCUAAUGCUUUUCGUUUUGGUGGAGUUUCACUGUGUAAAUGGAGCAGACGACAUCCGGUGUUACUCGUGCAGUGCGGCGUGGACCAUCAAGCGCUGUCUCGAGUUGAACGAUCCACUGACGUGCGGGUUUGGUGAAGUGUGCUACACGACAGUCACACGGGGAGGAUUCCAGUCAGUCAAAUAUGACAAGGGUUGUAUGGAGAAAUACCACUGCUUGGACUUACAAAGUCUAAACGACAGAAAGAACUGUAAAAUAGACCCGUCCGUUUGUGUGUAUUGUUGUGGAAACAGUUUGUGUAAUUCGGCCUUUAGAUUAUUUCAAACAAGUGAAUGGAUAACACUUCUAUUCUUAGGGUUGCUCUGUUUGUUGCUAUGUGGACAUUUUGUGUAAUUCUACAUCUAGAUUCUUAAUAGGGUUGCUAUGUGUAUUGUUAUGUAAGCAGUUUGUGUACUUCUGCCUCUAGAUUCGUUCUGUUUUGUAAACAGUGUGUGUGUCAUUCUGCCUUUAGAUUAUCUCAAACCAGUGAAUGAAUAUCACCUUUAUUCUUAGGGCUGCUAUGUUUAUUGUUGUGUGAAUAGUUUGUGUUAUUCUGCCUUUAGAUUAUUUUAAACCAUUGAAUGGCUAACACCUUUA